UCAUUCCAAAUGAUGGAUGGGAUGGAAAAAAAGAGAAUAAUUUCAAGUUUUUCCCGCCACUGAAUAACCGGGAAACCUUCGUGUGCAUGAAAAGCCGACGUGCCAAAGUAUAUGCUGAAUCUUCAGAAUUAUUUAGAAAGAUUCAGAAAUCCGGAGGUGGUUGUGUGUUACGCAUCGUUCAACGGUUUAUCGCAGUGUCACUUAAACCUUGUGUUGAAUUUACUUGUCUAUUUUAAUUUUCCACUUAACAAUUGCUAUUGCAUAAAAAUUCUGUGACCACCCGUACUUGUUGGGUUUAUUUACGAGAUACACAAACCAUGAGGAGAGCAUCGUUUGAUAAACAAUUGAGCACAAAGCGAAGUAACGAAAAUUCGAGCUACCAGUACCGAGUAUCCGACAACUUGAAAAAUGUUGAAAUAAAACGACUGAAUUAUCAGAAUUUGGAUCGAAUCAGUCAAUUACAGAGGAGUACCUCUGCUGACAAUGUUGUCAUAAGAACGCGGGGAUUUAAACCAUCAGAUAGACACGAUCCUUCCAAGAGACUAUUUCUCGAACAAUUGUCUACGAAAAUCCUACACUUCGACAUGGAAAGCGGCGACAAGGUACCGACACCCAUCAGCUUGGAAAAAUUACUUACACCUGCUAUGGACUGCUCCGAAAUACUUCAAACGAAAAAAAAAAUGUACGCAUCGUCAUGUUUCUACGCGCCAACCCAUCCAACAGUGGAGGAUCAAGUUGAGCUCGCACGACGGAUUUCCUAUUCGUUGAGUGACGCUAAAAAUAUGAAGAGCAAAGGCCAAUCCAUGUACGUGAAUAGAAAGAAGAGAUCGGUUAAAUGGAUUCACGAUGGAAAUGGAGCUGAAGCCGACGAAGAGCCUCAACAACCGAUGCACAAGGAUAAAGUCCCCCUGAAAUGCAUGAUGAAUCCAAACGGCAAAGUCCUGGACAUUCAUUGCAUCCAAGCACUAGGUGAGGAGCCAAACAUCGGUACCAGUCCCAUAAACGCAGACAAAUUAUUUGACAUCGUUCGUGAUUUGAAUAAUCAGAAGGGACGAGGAGCCGAAAUAUUCGCCAAACGGAGGAAAAGAUCGGAGAAAUGGGUUGUUGACAAGGACCAGCCCUCGACUCCAACCCAGAAUUACUCAAAAGCACCUACAUACCCAAGCAAAGUGGAUUACGGUGCAAACGAAAACUCCAAGUUCUCCAAUAUCACCCCGUUAUCGCCAAACCCCCCACCCCAGAGUGAUUCGAAGCCGUUUUUCAACCCAUUCACGAUGGAUUUAUCAUUGAACAAUGGAACCCCUCCAUCAGGCAUCAACCUAAGAUACGAGGAGCCCCACAAAUGCAAACCUGAGAUUAAAAAAAUUUACUUGCGAGAAGUGGCAGUGGGUACCGAGCAAGACUACCCCAUGACCGGUCCCAACCAUCGUCACCAAAAUGGUGCGAUGUCAGUGGAAAAAUCUCGAAGAAUGUCCUUCGAGCCCGAGCGAUACGAAUCGCCCCAGCAAGUCAAGUCCCAUCGCAAACAAAAUAUGCAAAAUCCCCAGAAUUACCCGAAACACCCCCAAAAUUACUCCCAUUACUUGAAAUCACAGCCAAUCCGCGAUAAUCAAUACGCGAGUCAUCAAAACGGUUAUCAAAAUGGUCAUCAAAGGGCUCCACCGAUAUUCCCUGAGGAAGACGAGACCGAUUACACCCCAGUCCCUGUAAAACAACUGAUUCAGGAAUUUGAGAAGACCUGCAGACCGAUUCUACAGUACAAACAGUUGAGCCCAAAAGUCGCUCCAGUGAUGCAUCAACCUCCACUGGAGGACAUAUCCCGAUUUUUCGAUGGGCCUCGAGCUCAAAACAAGUACGAGGAUCCGCGAGACGGUGGAAAAUACGCGAAUAAUAACGGCCGAGCUCAUCCGACCGCGAAUGGUAAAGUUCCGAAUUCUCACGGCAAUAAGAUGAAUGGAAACUCUCGCGAAUCUAAUCACAACGAAUACGCGAGGGGAUAUCAAGGUGCAAUGGUCCCGAGAUAUGAGUACGACUCGACCGACGACGAGAUCGACGACUCCUUCGGUGAUUCCAGUUCAUCCGAAAAUUGUGAGGACUACUAUGGACCGAGUCCUGGAUUUUCCAGUGGCAAUCGAGUAUCCGCAAUGAGUGAUUACGAUUAUCGCCGCCAAAUGUUCGACUGCGCAACUGAACAAUUGUUCGAUUCCCCUGUGUUCUCGACAAUUGAUGAAAAAUUUGUGGACACCGAGGCACCACUCGGGGCUGAAGCCAAAGCCCUCAAUUUCGCAAUGAUAGCCUCCCAGGAGGACAUUAUGGAGCAGAUAAAACAGCUGAGAAGAACUCCUGUUGUGGAGAAUCUUGUUCCGGGGCCAUCCCCUGAUCGCAGUAAAUUGGGAGAUUUUAUCCCAGAGCUAGGCAAGUCUUUGCUUUCGCUGCAUAUUUUCUAUGGCAUUUUCCAGUUAUCAUUUUUUGUAAUCAUAAGUAGAUCUUCCUGGAAAUCAACGAAAAUGCUGGAGAGCACCUACAACGGCCCGAAGAUCUCCAGCUAUCAGGCCCUAACGAAUUACAACACUGCACCCCGGGGCUGGGACCAAUCCCAAGCUGUUUAUCGUCCAAUUACCUUCCGCAAACCUCAGGAACCUAUUGCCUACUCAGACUUCUGAUCAGGAUUCAUCUCAUCCAUUUGUCGAUAAAAAAAUCCCCCGCUAUCCAAAAGCUUCGGUAUGUUCUCCUCAUUGAUGAAAUUGAUUAAAUCAUUUAAUCAACAAUAUCCUCGUAUUUUGAUUCCCUAUAUCGCAUGUUUAUUGACAUUGGCUAUCCUCAUUCCUACCCGUGAAGAAAUUUAGGGCUAAUUAUAGAGGAAUAUCGAGAGAAACGUCGACUAAUCAAAUUGGCUUUUGCAGAAAAUUAAACAGCCAAUUUUUCAGCAACUUGUAAAAAUUUCUCAAUCUCAUUUGGAAACCGGAAAUAUGUUGUCCUUCAGCUUGAUAUACCCCCAAUUGAAAUGCUUUGGAAGAAGUUGGAAUUUUCUCUCUUCUGUCUGUAUUAUUAUGUAUCAAUAAAUGUUGUUUUCGUAA